GUCAUUUCCUAUUAGGCCCUUCCCUCACGCUUAUUAUUUAAACCUCCCCACCACUCUCCCUCUCUUCCUGUUCCUCAUAAGUCAUUUGAAGAGCAAGCAAUUUCAGAUUCAACGACGCCUAAGAGCCAAUAGAUUUGAGUACUAUUUAGCAUAUUAAAAAUGUCGCCAGCUGAUUUGUCGCGUGAGGAGAAUGUAUACAUGGCCAAGUUGGCCGAACAGGCUGAGCGAUAUGAGGAAAUGGUUGAGUUUAUGGAGAAGGUAGCAAAGGCUGUCAAUACAGAGGAGUUGUCUGUGGAGGAGAGGAACCUCCUUUCUGUGGCAUACAAAAAUGUCAUUGGUGCUAGAAGGGCUUCAUGGAGGAUCAUCUCUUCCAUCGAGCAGAAAGAAGAGAGCCGGGGGAAUGAGGAUCAUGUCAAUGUAAUUAAGGAGUAUAGGGGUAAGAUUGAGGCUGAGCUCAGCAAGAUCUGUGACGGGAUUUUGAGCCUUCUCGAGUCCCACCUCGUUCCCUCAGCUUCAUCCGCCGAGACCAAGGUCUUUUACCUGAAGAUGAAAGGUGAUUACCACAGGUAUUUGGCCGAGUUCAAGACGGGGGCUGAGAGGAAGGAAGCCGCUGAGAGUACUUUGGUAGCAUACAAGUCUGCUCAGGAUAUUGCAUUGGCAGACUUGGCUCCCACUCACCCGAUUAGGCUGGGACUUGCUCUCAACUUCUCUGUUUUCUAUUACGAAAUCCUCAACUCACCAGAUCGUGCUUGCAACCUUGCCAAGCAGGCUUUCGAUGAAGCCAUUGCUGAGCUAGACACAUUGGGUGAGGAAUCCUACAAGGACAGCACAUUGAUCAUGCAACUUCUCCGGGACAAUCUGACUCUUUGGACUUCUGAUAUAACGGAUGAUGCUGGGGACGAGAUCAAGGAAGCUCCAAAAGCAGACCCUGGCGAGGGACAGCAGUGAAUCUGUGGCGCUGUAGAACUGUGAGCAGCCAAUUUGUUGUUCUACCAUUGAAUUUCUU